AUGGCGAUCCACAAAGAAAGUAAUGAUGAUUCCUACUGCCUUCCACCAAGAACGGCUACGGAACAAAAAGAUGAUACGGGCAGUAAGCUGCAAGUCGGUAUCAUCGGUGCCGGUAUUGCCGGCUUAAUGGCAGCCGUGGCACUGCUGGAGAGCGGCCACGACGUUGACAUCUUUGAGAAGUCACGUUUCAAAAGCGAAGUGGGAGCAGCGAUCAGUACACCUCCCAAUUCAUCCCGUAUUCUGGCACACUAUGGCUUCGAUUUCGAGAGGGCCAGGGCCACCGGUGUCGAGAAUAUUAUCUUUUACGAAGACCCUUCUAAUACCGAUGAUAAGAAGGUGGUUCCAUGCACCGACUACACGUCAACAUACGGAGCUCAUUGGUACCUCUUCCACCGCGUGGACUUGCACAGCGAGUUGAGGAAGUUAGCGACAGAGGCCACGGCCACGAGGUCACAGAUCGCCCGUCUUCACCUUGGUACAUCUGUGUCCGGAGUUGACGAAAACGGGACGAUCCGUUUCGAGGACGGCACCAGCGUCCAGAAGGACAUUGUGAUCGCCGCUGAUGGCAUCCGGGUGGGUGUUAUCACGACCUUCAACGACAACCGCUGCUAA